ACAUAAAAAAAGAGAAAUUCUUCCGCGUUUUGCAAGAAUUCUCAAGAAAUCAAGAAGAGAGAACUCAAAUUUUGUAGCUAUAAAAUACCCCUAAAUUCCUUAAACCCCCAUUUUCAGUCUCUGCUUCUCUCACACUCACACUGCAGUGUCUCUUUCGUUAGUGGAAAUUUGAAAAAAGGAAGAAGAAAGAGGCUCUCAAUCUUCAGUAUGGAUUUGUUUAGGCAGGCUAUUCUUCGACAAGGGCCACCUGAAGAAUUCGCUCUUCUAACUGUUCAAGAAGCUAUAAAACCUCAGAAGCAAACUAAGCUAGUCCAAGAUGAGAAUCAGCUGUUGGAAAAUAUUCUCAGGUCGCUACUUCAAGAAUUGGUGGCUGCUGCAGUUCAGUCGGGGCAGAAACUCAUGAAGUACGGAGUGUCAAUUGUUGAUGGUGAAUCAAGUCAGGGUCAGAUUCCCCGCCUUCUUGAUAUUGUUCUAUAUCUUUGUGAGAAAGAGCACGUCGAAGGUGGCAUGAUAUUUCAACUUUUGGAAGAUUUGACAGAAAUGUCAACAAUGAGAAAUUGUGAGGACGUUUUUGGGUAUAUAGAGAGCAAACAAGACAUAUUGGGGAAGCCAGAACUCUUUGCCCGGGGAAAGCUUGUUAUGUUGAGGACGUGUAAUCAGUUGCUUCGUCGUCUAUCAAAGGCAAAUGAUGUUGUUUUCUGUGGGCGCAUUAUCAUGUUUCUAGCUCACUUCUUCCCCUUAUCUGAGCGUUCUGCUGUAAAUAUAAAGGGUGUUUUCAAUACAUCGAAUGAGACAAAGUAUGAGACAGAAGUUCCUGAUGGUAUUUCUAUUGAUUUCAACUUUUAUAGAACACUUUGGAGUCUACAGGAAUACUUCUGCAAUCCACCAUCCUUGAUUAAUGCUCCCGGCAAGUGGCACAAAUUUACAUCCAGUUUGACGCUUGUUCUAAACACUUUCGAGGCUCAGCCUUUAAGUGAUGAAGAGGGAAAUGCUCAUAACCUUGAGGAUGAUGCUGCAACCUUCAACAUAAAAUAUCUUACAAGCAGUAAACUUAUGGGUCUCGAGCUGAAAGAUCCUAGUUUCAGGCGCCACGUUCUGGUUCAGUGCCUCAUUCUGUUCGACUAUUUGAAGGCACCAGGGAAAAGUGAGAAGGAAUUGCCCUCUGAAGCAAUGAAGGAGGAAAUAAAGACUAGUGAAGAGCGGGCAAAGAAGCUUCUUGAAAUGACUCCACCCAAAGGCAUAGAUUUCCUCCGCAGUAUUGAGCACAUUUUGGAGCGUGAAAGGAAUUGGGUUUGGUGGAAACGUGAUGGCUGCCCCCCAUUUGAGAAGCAACCGGUAGAGAAAAAGCUGGUUCAAGAUGGAACCAAAAAACGGUAUCUAAGUUAUAAGUUAGCAUGUACUGUUUCUUUUAAUCCUUGCCUCAGUGUAAUAGCAAAAGUGGAGUCCGUGGAGGGUAGAGUGUACUCAAACCUUAAAGCCACCUCAUUGAGUCGGACACGAUGGAGUCUUGGAAACAAAGAACUCUCCCAACUGUGGAAAUGGGCUGAUCAGUAUUCGGGUGCUUUAACUGAUGCUGAACGGGUGGCCACUCCUGCUAUCACAAAGUACUGGAAACCUCUGGCAGAAGAUAUGGAUGAAUCUGCUGGAAUAGAAGCAGAAUACCAUCACAAAAACAAUCGGGUCUAUUGUUGGAAAGGUUUGCGGUUUUCAGCCCGGCAAGACUUGGAAGGAUUUUCCAGAUUUACAGAACAUGGUAUUGAGGGGGUAGUGCCUCUGGAGCUUUUGCCUAAUGAAGUUCGGGCCAAAUAUCAAGCUAAACCAAGCGAAAGGACUAAGCGGACGAAGAAGGAGGACACAAAAAACUCAGCACAACAAGCAGAAGAAAAUCAGAUUGCAACACCACCAAGUGAGAUGGACAAUGAAGUGGGCAGAGCGGAUCCUGAAGCAUCUGCUGCUCCCAUGGAUACAGAUGCAGGAAUAGCUACUGUUAACAUAUGUCAGGAAGAAACUCCUACUCCGGAGGAUAACCAGAAGCAAAGCUCUGACACAGAUGUUGCUCAAGAAGCAGGGCAGAUUGAAGCAGACACAGAAGCAGAGACGGGGAUGAUUGAUGGAGAAACAGAUGCAGAAGAUCUAGAUACAGCAGGAUAAUCCAAGUGUGUAUUGGAUUGUGCACCAUGCCGGUGUAACUUGUGUCAACAAUCCACUUAAUCUGGGCUCAAUUUGUACCAUGUAACUUAAGUCAGUUGCUUAAGAAGCUUGACAGCAAAAAAAAAAAUAAAUUAAAAAUUACACAAUUUAGAAUUAAUUACACAUUUUUGCAUAGAUCUUAAUUGUUGAGAGGUGGGAUUUGUUGCAAGUGAGAUUGAAGGAUGGGUGUUGUGUAUUAAAUUAUUAAUAAUACCUCUUUUUAUGUUGUUUGGUUGAUUACGCAAGUUCUAUUUCUUGUUGA